CGGCGGCGGCGGCGGCAGCUGCGGCCGCCGGGGGAGCCGAGCGCCGGGGCGCGGGGAGCGCGGGGAGCGCGGGGAGCGCGGGAGGCGAGCGGCCGCCGAGCCGGGGCCGCGGGCCGAACUGCCGAUUGGCCAACGGCUCCUUUCAACCCUGCCUCGUUGGUGGCCACUGGAGAAGCGCGGGGGGCUCCCCAGACAGCCGUGGGGACAAGUUAGAGCCAGCACUUGACCCCGGGCCUCGCGUGUAGCUUCCCUUCCCCUGCUCUAGGUGCCCCGGUGUCUGGAGGGGGGUGCGGGUGCGGGGGUGUGCCCUCCGGUACCCGUCCCAGCACCCGGGCAACCCUCUGGGCUUGUGUUCCAUCUCACUCUUGCAUCCUGCACGGUGUUCGAGGGGAACCACUUGGCAUCAUGUCCCGGUAUAGCUACCAAAGUCUCCUGGACUGGCUCUAUGGGGGCGUGGACCCCAGCUUUGCAGGCAAUGGGGGCCCCGACUGUGCUGCCUUCCUCUCUUGGCAGCAGCGGCUGCUGGAAAGUGUGGUGGUCCUGACCCUGGCCCUGUUGGAGAUCCUGGUGGCCCUGCGGCACAUCCUGAGGCAGACGAAGGAGGACGGUAGGGGUGGCCGUGGCUGCCAGCCAGAGCAGGUGACCCAGCGGCCAGAGGAAGGCAAGGAGAGCCUGAGCAAGAAUCUGCUCUUAGUAGCCCUGUGCCUGACCUUCGGGGUGGAGGUGGGCUUUAAGUUCGCCACCAAGACCGUCAUCUACCUGCUCAACCCUUGUCACCUGGUCACCAUGAUGCAUAUCUUUCUCUUGGCCUGCCCUCCGUGUCCUGGAGCUAUCGUCGUGUUCAAGCUUCAGAUGCACAUGUUGAAUGGAGCACUUCUGGCCCUGCUGUUUCCUGUGGUAAAUACCCGGCUGCUCCCCUUUGAAUUGGAGAUUUACUACAUUCAGCAUGUUAUGCUCUACGUGGUGCCCAUCUACCUGCUUUGGAAAGGAGGUGCUUACACCCCAGAGCCCCUCAGCAGUUUCCGGUGGGCCCUUCUCUCAACUGGCCUCAUGUUCUUUUACCACUUCAGCGUCUUGCAGAUACUGGGCCUGGUCACCGAAGUGAAUUUGAACAACAUGCUGUGUCCGGCCAUCUCAGACCCAUUCUACGGCCCCUGGUAUCGCAUCUGGGCCUCGGGACACCAGACUCUCAUGACCAUGACCCACGGGAAGCUGGUCAUCCUGUUCUCAUACAUGGCUGGGCCCUUGUGUAAAUAUCUGCUGGAUUUGCUCCGGCUUCCAGCCAAGAAAAUAGACUGAAGGUGCUUGUCUUUUUUUUUUUUUUUUUUUUUUUUCUCCCUGAGGAAGCAAGUCCUGACUUGACUUGGAAAACACCCAGUUCUUGAUGAAAUCAUGGGGAGAGGGCAGUAGGAUGUCUGGUGUAUUUCUCUUUCCCUUCUCCCUGUCCCUUUCUUCCAUACUCUUCCCUCCCCAGCUCUUCCGCCCAGGACAUCUCCUGAGCCUGAGGCAUCAUGCUGAGGGUGGGAUCCUUUCCCCUCCCCUUUGGCUCUUUCUCUCUGCUCCUAGUGGCCUUACGUGGGCGAAAGUAGUCAGUGGCUUUCACUCUGCUUGUUGGUGCUUUCAUGACAGCUGGUUGAGGGGACGGGGACCAACAAGCAGUAGUUCUUUUGUUGGCAUUGAGGUGAUGAGAUUGGGUUGGGUUUCAUUUCUCCACUGCCAGGGACCUCCAGGCUUACGCCAGGGUCCCCUUUUGUCUCCAGCACAGCCCCCACCAUGAUGGGACCGAGGCCUUGUUUCUAUACCAGCGGCAUGCCAAGAGCCAAGGGAUUUCCCCACUCAUGGCCAAAAUAGAACCUGCCAGAGUCUUCCCAUUGGUGUCCCAUGACUCAAAGCAAGCAGCCAACUAGCCACUCCCUCCAAGAUGCUGCCCUGCGGUGGAAGGUGGGGGCACUACCCGACCCCAAGGCUAGAUUCUUCUGGGGGUAGAGAGCUGUUGCAGUAGCAAAAUCCAAAGUGAACAAGUUUAAAGUCUCCACAGCUCCUACUUGGCAGGACCCUGGGUCCAUCCUGCCUGAGAGAGCUGAGAAGUGACCCACAUCCCAGUGAGAAGUUAGCAUAGAAAUUAAUCAACAGAAGUGGUAACUUGAGAAAACUGUGAUUUGAAUCAUAUGCUCCAUUUUAGUUCAAUGUUGGUAACAGAUGCCCUUUUAAUCUUGAGUGCCCCUUAAAUGUUUCUCUCUCUCUCUCUCUUCUUUUUAAAAGGCAGCUUCAGGGAAGAGUGAGCUGGAGUUGGUUGGGGUUUAUUUUAUUUUAUUAUUAUUAUUAUUAUUUUGUUUUUGUUUUUGUCAGUUUGUUUGCUUCUUUGUUUUUGGAUGUUUGAGUUCAGAGAAUCCUUGCAUCAGGGCCUGUCUCUGCGGGGGCUCCUGUCCAUCCGUUUCGUGCUUUUUAUGGGCUAUGUCAGCAUUCUGGGUUUGGAAAGAUACAGAUCCUGCCAGUGUUGUUUCCCGAGGGCCAGGGGUCAUCACUGUAGCCAGAUUCAGUGCUGAAUUGUUUAGCAUCGGGUGGGCAUCACACACUCCCCUACUCCCCACCCAGCCCACCCUCGAAGCCCCUGUGUAGGUUGGAAGGGAGGUGCGAAACAAUCAGAUCCCCAUAGAUACAGGUUCAAGUGCUUCAGAAGGAACACCUUCUGUUGAAAGACUUGAACUCAGUCACACAUGGACUUGAAGGAGGGAGCCAGUGCCUGGGCAUUUGCUGACUCCUUGUGGGCUUCAACUAAGAACAGGUUUGCUUCAGAACAGUAAAAGCUGUUUCAGUGACUUCCUCUGAUGGCCCCCGUUCUCCUCUCCCACAGUGGGCAACUGGGAGGCUUUGGGCUGGGGUCCCGUAUUUCAGCUGUUACCGUAUCAGACCCAGGUUGAGCGUCAGUGUCUCAGUGGUCGAUUUUAGCAAAUGGACCUACGGAAGGCAGCAGAGUGCAGAAGAGUCUCUUUGAGCAUGGUGAGGCCCCAGAAGCCACACCCGGGAGGGACUGCCCUUCUCCAGUGGCCUUGCUAGCCUGGAGGCCAUCAAUCCCCAGGGUGUGGGGGAGCCAGAGAGAGCACACCUAGUACUCUCACUCCCCUUGAGCUCCUCAUGAUGCACAGCCUUCAUUUUCUGCCGUCUUGGAGGGUCCGGCCAAGUCUUUUUAGUGACUCUCACCCUGGGGUGGUCCUCUGGAAGGGGGCCCCUCUGGAGCAGCUAGACUCACCCUGCCCACUGUCAAACCGCUGCGUGUAGGAAUGGCUGACGAGGAACUGUGCGAGGCCUCGGUGCCCCUUGGCUCCUCACAAAAGGAAAGGUUGGAAGGAGGUCACGGGAGGAGCCCCUGGGGGCGUGUCCUGUCCCCUCCCAGAACAAGGAAUCUCUGCAGGCAGAUGGUCUGUGCUGCAGCUGGGGGCCCGCAGCCUGGGUGUGGCAGACACUCCUCUUUGGAAUGCCUCCGUGGCACGGCGAGUCGGCACUCCCUCUCCCCUCUCCGUCUCAGUGGCAUGGCACAGGUCGCCCGUCAGCCCGGGCUUCCCUGUGUCGACAUGCCUUUGCCCUGGCUCCAGCUCAGUGCCCCAUUCGGGCUGAUAUUCUUUUGCUGGGAAGGAAAGAAGAAAGUGACAUCCCGGAGGCAGCUACAUGUGUCCAGGGAAGGGGGAGGUUGGAGGGGAGAUGCAGGACUUCCAGGGGGCCAGGCCAGCUCAGAAAAAUAUAGGCAGAAGGAAUAGAGAGUGAGCCCUGUCCACAGGCUGCGCGCGGCAUCGUGGCUUGUGUGGGAGGUGCUGGGGUGCUGCAAGUACCUGAUGGGGUCUUGUAGCUCACUCUUAACCUUGGGCCCAGCCCAUGGUGAGAGGUGACCUGGGCACCCCUACAACAGCCUGCCUUGGAAGGUGGCCCCUGGGCCAGUGGGCCCGGGCUUCCCAGCUCCUGCCGAGGGCUUUCCUGGCAGGUGCCGAGGAGGUUCCCUAGCCACCUUGGCCAAGUUUCCAUAUGCCAUUUGCCAGCGUGCGGGAGCUCGCUGCGUGCGCGCACGUGGGGGUAUCUGAGAGAGUGUUCGUGGAAGUGGACAGUUUCUUCUCAAACAGCCCCAGGAAGUGAAAGGAGGGCUUUCCCAGCCCCCAGGUAGUCUUGGCCAAGGAUCUGGGCCAAUGAUAAGAGUCCGCUUAGCUGGCCAACUUUGUGGCAUCAGCUCAGAAUAGAAGAGAUGGUCACGCCUGCUUGCAGCCCCCUCCCUCUUCCCAGGUGUACACAUUCCUCUGUCCUCUCACAGGGUGGUCUGGGGUUCAGUGGGAUGGUCGGCUUCGGUCGCUGUCUGGUACCUCCAGGCUAGCUACCAGAUCACCCCAUUUUGCUGUAGCCUCGCUCAGGGUUUAGCCAUUUGUGCUUGUGUUAUGUGAAGUGGGCACAGCUCCCCACCGGUAGCAGGUUGUCGGUCUGUCUCUGCGCCCCGGGGCCGGGUGGGGCCCCGGGGCCUGAGCUCAGUGGCUCAGGGGUAACAGAAAGCCCUUGAUCUCCCCCCUCCCUCGGCCAGAAGGACUUCCCUGGGUUUGUAGGCGUUGAUCCAGAGUCAUAUGUCUUCUCUGGGAGAUUGACAGGGAAGCCGGAGAGGAAUGACAGUACAGGCCAAGAUGCUGGUGCUGGUUUGCAUAGGGAGGGCGUCCCUCAGGCCCUGGCAAGAUCGGAGGCAGGCCCCAGCCUGGGGAAGGUCUUCCCACCACAUGGCCUGCCCUGCCCUGCCCUCUCUGAGGGGGUUAGAGUCCACGAGACGGAGUGAGCCGCCUUCUUCUGUAUAUAGAGCGAGCCAGUACUGUGCUCAGGAAAACCUAGUCACUUGUCGCUGCUCUGUCUGUGACGUUUUCGUACACUGGUUUGCUACUCCGGGCACGAAACAAAAACAAAACAAAGUCGUUUCAAGCAACACUGUCGUUUUGGCAACUGGCUUUUCUUUUGGUGUGCGUUUUGUAUUCUAUUCUAAGGAAUUCUUCAUUUAUCUUGGUGUUAUUGUGGUGGAGAGAAUAAGAUAGUCUCAUUUUUGCCAGGAAAUGGGCACAUGCCUCUGUCCCCGCCCCCAUCCUUCCCCAUUUGCUGUGCACUGGGCAGAUCCCUCCUGUCACGUCCCAUCCCCCCACUCCCCCACUGGCUCCCUUUAGAACCAGUCUUUGUGAGCCUCCUAGACAGCAGCAGGGGGAGUGCCCUUGCCAGGCUGGUUCUUGGGUGGCCCUGUGCCCCCACCAGUUUUCUCACCUCCCCGGGGCAUCUUGUAAUGUAUUUUCCUCUGUUUUGUAAAACCUUCUGAUUGUGCCGAAAUGGUUUCUGCAGUCACCUUUAGAAAUAAGUGGUCAUUCAUUUGUGUGCUUAGCAUUCUGAACUUUCAGUCUUAGCUUUUUCUGUUGUUGAAGAUCCCUGAGCGGUCCCCUCACCAUGGGACUUUACUGUUACAAUGUUUUCUUCAUUUACUCUGAUUAAAAGAUUUAUGAGAA